UUAUCUAUGUUUCCUCUGAUUCUUAUUAUUACAACAACAUAGAAUAGAACACAGUACACAGUACACUGUUUCUUGUUUGUGUUCUAAUAAGCUUUUGAAAAAUGCAAUUAGUGUUAGCAAUAGCAUCAUCAUGCAAACUCAAUUCUUCUUCUAAUUCUUGGCCUCUCCAAUACCAAAUCCAACCUCACACAAUUUUGGGUCGCCGCCAGCUCUGCUUCGACGGCAUGUCGUCUGUAGUGUGCUCUAAGUCUCAGUCUCAGUCUCAACCCCACGAUGAUUCCCUCAACUCCAACCAUUUCGUUCCUUCCCAACAACCCAUUUCCAUUCCAAGGAGUGUUAGUAGCCGUUCAAAGAAUUUGGAGAAAGUAGUAUGCAAUAAUAUUCUGGUCACAACUCGGCGGAUGCUGUUUGCAAGUUUAUUUGUGUAUUCCUGUUAUCAUCCUUCAAGGUACUACUUAUCAGCACAAGCUUUAGGGGAUCCAUCUGUGACAAUUGAAGAAGUAACUCCUCCCGUAUUUCCAUCUGGCUCACUCUUCCCUGUUGAGGAAAGAAUUGUCCAACUCUUUGAGAAAAACACAUAUUCUGUUGUCAACAUUUUUGAUGUGACAUUGCGUCCUCAACUUAAUGCUGGUGGGGUUGAGAUUCCUGAAGGAAAUGGUUCGGGUGUAGUUUGGGAUGGACAAGGGCACAUAGUAACAAAUUAUCAUGUAAUUGGUAAUGCCCUUUCUAAAAAUCCAAGCCCUGGCCAGGUUGUUGCACGAGUUAAUAUUCUAGCAUCUGAAGGGGUACAAAAGAAUUUUGAGGGUAAAUUGAUUGGUGCUGACCGUGCAAAGGAUCUUGCUGUCUUGAAGGUGGAAGCCUCUGAAGAUCUGUUAAGGCCAAUUAAGGUGGGGCAGUCAUCUUCUCUGAGAGUGGGGCAGCAGUGUUUAGCAAUUGGGAAUCCAUUCGGUUUUGAUCAUACUCUUACUGUUGGAGUUAUUAGUGGACUGAAUCGAGACAUUUUUAGUCAAACUGGUGUCACAAUUGGUGGUGGAGUUCAAACAGAUGCAGCCAUUAAUCCAGGGAACAGUGGAGGUCCUCUAAUGGAUUCCAAAGGAAAUUUGAUUGGGAUUAAUACUGCAAUAUUUACUCAAACAGGGACAUCUGCUGGUGUAGGCUUUGCCAUCCCUUCCUCAACUGUAUUAAAGAUUGUACCUCAGUUGAUCCAAUUUGGCAAAGUUGUUCGAGCUGGUUUGAAUGUGGAGAUUGCUCCAGACCUGGUUGCAAAUCAACUUAACGUUCGAAAUGGAGCUCUCAUUCUGCUGGUCCCUGGAAACAGUCUUGCAGCAAAGGCUGGGCUACUACCAACUACAAGAGGUUUUGCUGGUAAUAUAAUGCUUGGAGAUAUCAUUGUUGCAGUUGACAACAAAUCUGUUAAAAACAAAGCAGAGCUGUACAAAGUGUGGGAUGACUAUAAUGUGGGGGAUAAAGUAGUCUUGAAAAUUCUGAGAGGUAGUGAGUAUGUGGAGCUACCUGUAGUAUUGGAGGAAAAGAGUUUGUGACAGGUUCUGUUGAUAUUGAGUUUUACAAGAUAUCAUCAUUUCGUUUUGUUCUGUAUACUAGGAAAACAACUGUG